AGUGUACAUGGGCAGAGUUGUAAGCGUACCAUGAGUAGUAUACCAAUUCCACCUCACGGAAAACUAUAUGACCUCAACAUACAAUAUGAAAGUAACUGCUUAAUGGAGACUACCAGCAAAGCUAAUAUGGCUGUACGCCUGGGUUACGAAGUAGUUGCAAUCAAUCAAAAUGUUUCAUCCGUUGCAAAAGAGACCAAAGCUAAACGAAUGAAACUGAUGUUACCUGAGCCACCUCCUUUAUUGCAUCUUGAUGCAGAAUCCAAAAGUUAUUUAAAAAUCAACAAAAAAAACUUCCAACAAUAUUCACGUAUCACAAUCGAGUUGUGUGAACUAGGUGACCUGCAUAAAGUUCGUGAUGUAUUAUCAACGGGUUUAUACGAUAUCAUUGCUGUACUGCCACGUACUGAUCGCUUGUUUCAUUCUGCUUGCACUGAACUUCAUAUCGACAUUAUUUGUAUUGAUGGAAGUGAAAAACUUCCUUAUCUUCCAAAACAUGCUACUGUACAAGCUGCUAUAAGUCGCGGCAUCAAUUUUGAGGUUUGUUAUGCCCCGAUGAUCAGGGACACCACAAUGCGCCGACUCACGAUAAACAACGUACAACGAUUAGUUGAAAGUUCCAAAGGAAAAAAUCUCAUUUUAUCCAGUGGAGCCUUGCAUCAAAUGGAAAUGCGUGGACCGUAUGAUGUUGCAAACUUGAGUACUUUAUUUGGAAUCAAAGAAAAUCUUCAUAUUCACUGUGUUAGUAACAACUGUAGAUCUGCAAUUGUUCACAGUUUUACAAGAAAAACAGCUAAAUGUGCUGUUUAUGUUCAACAGUUGAAUGAAACUAUUGCAACUAUUUAACCGAGCAGAAAAUUCAGCAUUGCAGUUGAAAGUGGAAUACAUGCGCACUGCCAUGAAUAAAAAAAAGUCCAAUGAUUUGUAACCGUUGACAAUAUGUAUGAUUGAUUUUUAAAUAUUUUAAAUGACAAAAUCGUGUUUAAUACCACACACUUUACUUCAUAAUAUUCCUGCUUUCCCAUCAGCCAUCUGCCCAUCACUGUUUUAAAUUUUCUACAUUAUCAAUUGACACCACCCUCACAGCCCAACAAACGCAGACCAAAGUCAAUACUGUUUUAACUAUAAAAAAAUAUAUAUUGAACACCUGCUAGGGGUGAGAGAAAAAAUGUGACAUGUUCAUUGGGAAUGAGGUAAGAUGGGACAUGUUUUACUUUUUCUGCAAUGUCUUAUUGCAAUAGUAAACAAAGAGUUAUAACUGUUCCCCCGGCGACUCUAAAAAGAAAAUUUCUAAUUGUACAAAA